AUGGGGAUCUCCCAGUCAAAACGGGGUGAAUAUAGGACCCACAAGAGCAGAUGGAAUACAGAUGGAAAUGGCAGGAGUUUUGAGCAUGGCACUUACCAGGCAUCUGGAAGCCACAGAGGCCUCAUUGAGCCCAAGAAACUGCCAAACCCAGUGAAGGAAUCCAAGCACCACCGGGAGAUGCACCGAGAAUUGCUUUUCACUCAUAGGAAGGGGUUGUUUCCAGAACACAAGCCUGAGCUUCAGAGAGUAUUAGAAACCAGGAGACUCAAGCAGCUGAAGCAACAGGAAGAGAAACAUACACCCUUAAAAGACCUGGAAGAAGAGCUAAGAAAAAGACAGAAGAAACUUGACCAGUAUGAACAAGAGGUCCUGAAUGGGGAGCAAGAAGACAGGCCUGAAUUCAUCCUCGUCAAAGAAAGCCUUAAAAAGAUUAAACUGUCUCCAGAAACAGGCAUCAUGUAG